UCAGCUCUCUGGCUGGGAUGCUGGGCCCCUACACCUGUGACUCACUGGGCAGCAUCCGCCAGGGCGCAGGGGAUGCCAUUGGGUGCCUGCUAGACAUACAAGUUGCCAAGCAGCCUUGGACCCUGAGGGACCGAGAUAAGCAGUGGGCACUGAGGCACGUGUGUCAGGAGCUGCAGAGUGCAGAUCCUGAGGAGGUGUGGGACGCGUCUAUCAAACUGGCCAAAAUGGUCAGCAGGGCCCUGCCCAAGGCGGAGAUCCUGCCCUUCACCCAGACCCUGCUGGAGAGCCUGGGAGCCGUGAGCCGGGCCUGUGACCAGGCCAGUGUCCUGUGGUUUCACACGCUCCUGACAGACCGCGCCAGUGACUUGAAGGACACAGUCCAGGCCAUCCUGUGCAUCACCAGCACCUACCUGCGCUGCACGGACGACCGUGAGCUGAGAGGGCUCCUGGCCCAGGCAGUCUCCCUGCUGGCUCAGCACCACCGGGAGGCUGUGGUCACCUACCUCCUACACCGCCCCCUGCCGUUGGAUAAGGACAGCAAGGAACUCUGGGCAGCUCUGGCUGUUGAGGAUUUCUCCCAGGACAUCCUAAAGGAUUUGCUAGACCAGAUCCCCAGGGGGCCAGCAGCAGAGCAAAGGGCUGAGACCCAGGAGGUAGCAGUUGCCAAUUCCCUCUCGCCUGACAGUGGCGGCACUCAGAGCAGUGCUCACCAAGGGCCUGCAGGACGUGGCCAGGACCCUGGACAAGGAGCGAGGCUGGUGCCUCCUGGAGGAUCCCCGCAGCUUCCCCGAGGGUGUCUCCCUGCUGGCGAGGGCUCUGGUGCAAGUGAGUGAGGCACCGCUGGAUAGGAUCCUGCAGCUCCUGUCCCCAUCCCUGAGCUCCUCAUGUGAGGACUGG